AUGAGUUCCAAUCAAACAUUACACUGUACCAGAGAUGAUUCAACGUCAUUCACGAUCUCUUAUGAAUGUUUUAGCUCUCAGAAUAUUGAUUCAAAUUCGUUUUUUAUUCCAAAUCCAGCAUUCAAAAUAUCAGUGAAUAUAUUAGUAAAUGGAACAAACUUACAUGGUCUUCUUGCAGAAUCAAUUGCAAAUAGUUUUGAAACAAGUUUGUUUUGGUCUCAAUUGGAGUACCUUGUUAAGGUUUCUUUAGACAACAAAUUCAGUUUUGAAACAUCAUUAGAAUGUCAAAUAUUUCAUCCAAUUAUAAACGAGUUAGUGGAAUUGGGGGAUAGAGUGAAACUAUUAGAUAUCAUGGUUGUGGAUUUUUCUUUCUACACUAAAGGUGAUAAUUUAGAAUUGAACCAGUUAAUUGAAGCAAUGGAGUACUCAUUUAUUUCUCUUUUCAUCAAUCUAGAAUAUAAAUAUCCCUUAAUUUUUUCAAAUUAUGGUAGAAAGUUUUUUAAAGAAAAUUAUAGUUGGGUAGUUCGUAGUGUUCAUGAAAUGAUAGUCACACCAGACAUCACAAAUACAAUUGCCGAAAAUACAUUCAAAUUUAUAAUGAUACAAAAUAUUACCGCUAUGUACAAUCAAAUUCUCUCAAAGCACCAUACAAUUUACAUGUUAGCUCCACCAAGAAAGGAAGUGAAAAAAGAAAUAAAUUCAGGUAUCAUUCGAAGAAAGAAGUUAAAUAAGAAACCAAAUGUAUUAUCAUUUUUUCAAGUAUCAUCUAUUGAAAAAUCAUUAGAAGAUCUUUGUCUAGAUUUUUGCAACCAACUAUGA